AUGUGGACAGUUCCGAAGCCCAAAUACAGAACUGGUUCGUGCGACGAGGGGGAGAUUGCUGUGAACAUCGGCGGAGUCCGGGUGGUGCUCUUCGGGGACGUGUUGAACCGCUACCCGGAGAGCAGGCUGGCAGAGUUGUUGAACUGCUCCCCUCAGAACCAUGACGUCAUCUCCGCGCUUUGCGACGACUUUGACCCGGGCAGAAAGGAGUUUUACUUCGACCGAGAUCCCGAUGCCUUCAAGUGCAUCAUCGACGUUUACUACUUCGGUGAAAUCCACAUCAAACCCGGCAUUUGCCCCAUCUGUUUCAUCAAGGAGAUGGAGUUCUGGAAAAUCGACCAGGCAGUUUUGGACGAGUGCUGUAAAAGCUACCUGAGCGAGAAGGAGGAGGAGCUGACGGAGAUUGCAAACAAAGUGAAAGUGAUUCUGGAGGACCUGGAGGUGGAUCGGUGCAUCACGCGCACCCAGCGGUGCCAGAGGUUCCUGUGGAGGCUGAUGGAGAAGCCGGGUUCCUCGCGGCCGGCGCGCGUCAUCGCCAUCGCGUCCUUCCUCUCGGUCCUGGUCUCGGCGGUGGUGAUGUGCGUGGGGACCAUCCCGGAGCUCCAGGUGGCGGACCCAGAGGGAAAGUUGGUGGAGCACCCGAUCCUGGUGGCGAUCGAGACCGCCUGCAUGUCGUGGUUCACCGCGGAGUACCUGCUGCGUCUCGCCUCCUCUCCGAACAAGCUGCAUUUCGCGUUCUCCUUCAUGAACGUCGUGGACUUCAUGGCCAUCGUGCCUUUCUACGUGGUCCUGUCCCUCACCUACCUCGGCACCUCGUCCAUGAUGGAGUUGACCAACGUGCAGCAGGCUGUCCAGGCGCUGCGCAUCAUGCGCAUCGCGCGUAUUUUCAAGCUGGCGCGCCACUCCUCCGGGCUGCAGACCCUGACCCAGGCGCUCAAGAACAGUCUGAAGGAGCUGGGCUUGCUGCUCAUGUACAUGAGCGUGGGGAUCUUCGUGUUCUCGGCGCUGGCCUACACCAUGGAACAAAGCCACCCAGAGACGCUUUUCCGGAGCAUCCCGCAGUCCUUCUGGUGGGCCAUCAUCACCAUGACCACGGUGGGCUACGGGGACAUCUACCCCAAGACCACGCUCGGCAAGUGCAACGCGGCCGUGAGCUUCCUGUGCGGGGUGAUAGCCAUCGCCCUGCCCAUCCACCCCAUCAUAAACAACUUCGUGGUGUUCUACAACAAGCAGAAAGUGCUGGAGAGCGCGGCGAAGCACGAGGUGGAGCUGAUGGAGCUGAAGUCGGGCAGGGACGCGCGCAGGAAAAGCAGGGAUUGA